CUCCUCCAGGCGUCGGGAAGACGCUGCACUUCCCAGGCCCCACCUGCCACGGCUGGGGUUCUGCACCCACAGCCCACCGCCCGCGGCUGGGCGCUGCCGAGCCCCAGGGCGCGCCCGGUUGGCGUCUGCCAGUGCCGAGGCUGUGCUGCCCACGCAGCCAAGGAGCCAAAGUUGGACCCCGGGCCUCGGGGCCGCUGCCCUCGCUUUCUCUUGAUUGUUGCGGACGCCUUCCGCUCUGGAGGCGCCCCGCGACCGGCGCGAUGAGUGCCAACGAGGACCAAGAGAUGGAACUAGAAGCAUUACGCUCUAUUUAUGAAGGAGAUGAAAGCUUCCGGGAAUUAAGUCCAGUUUCUUUUCAAUAUAGGAUAGGUGAAAAUGGUGAUCCCAAAGCCUUCUUAAUAGAGAUUUCCUGGACAGAAUCAUAUCCCCAAACACCUCCAAUUAUAUCUAUGAACGCUUUUUUUAACAACAACAUAUCAUCAGCAGUAAAGCAGAGUAUAUUAGCCAAACUGCAGGAAGCAGUAGCAGCUAAUCUUGGAACCGCUAUGACCUAUACGUUGUUUGAAUAUGCCAAAGACAAUAAAGACCAAUUCAUGGAGAACCACAACCCCGUCAAUUCCACAACAACAAUAAGCAAUAUCAUCUCAAUUGAAACUCCUAAUACAGCCCCAUCAAGUAAGAAAAAAGACAAGAAAGAACAACUUUCAAAAGCCCAGAAGCGUAAGCUGGCAGAUAAAACAGAUCACAAAGGAGAACUUCCUCGAGGCUGGAACUGGGUUGAUGUUGUGAAGCAUGUAAGUAUUGUUGAAAUACCUUUCACAUUCUUCUCUUCCCUGCACUCGCAAUUCUAGCUAUUCUUUUUUUAAAAUAAUGGAAGAUUCACAGAAGUAAGUUAUAACUACAACAUAGUAUGACUGUGUAAGUACAUCUUAAGAAUGCAGAUGUGGCUGGGCACGGUGGCUCACUCCUGUAAUCCCAGCACUUUGGGAGGCCGAGGCGGGCACAUCAUGAGGUCAGGAUAUCAAGACCAUCCUGGCCAUGGUGAAACCCCAUCUCUACUAAAAUACAAAAAAUUAGCCAGGUGUGGUGGUGUGCACCUGUAGUCCCAAGCCACUCAGGAUGCUGAGGCAGGGGAAUAGCUUGAAUCUGGGAGACGGAGGUUGCAGUGAGCCAAGAUCGUGCCACUGCACUCCAGCCUGGUGAAAGAGUGAGACUCCGUCUGAAAAAAAAAAAAAAAAAAAGAAUUCAGAUGCUUAGGGCGUGGUGGCUCAUGCCUGUAAUCCCAGCACUUCAGGAGGCAAAGGUGGUUGGAUCACCUGAGGUUACAAGUUCAAGACCAGCCUGGCCAACAUGGUGAAACCCUAACUCUACUAAAACUACAAAAAUCAGCUGGGCGUGGUGGCACGAGCCUGUAGUCCCAGCUACUCAGGAGGCUAAGGCAGGAGAAUCGCCUGAACCCAGGAGGCAGAGGUUGCAGUGAGCCAAGAUCAUGCCACCGCACUCCAUCCUGGUUGACAGAAUGAGACUCCAUUUAAAAAAAUUAAAACUGGGUUCUUCUUUACCUCAUGGGAAAGAAGAAAAAAAAAAAGAAGAAUGCAGAUGCUUAAAUACUACUAUAAGUUAUCAGCAAUAUAUGGAAACUAAAGAAAACCAGACAUGGAAAAUAGUGUUUUAGUUAGAAAUUACUUUUUUGUUUUUGAGACAGGAUCUUGCCCUGUCACCCAGGCUAGCUGGUGGCAUGAUCACGGCGGCUCACUGCAGCCUUAACUUCCCAGGCUUAAGUGAUCCUCAGCCUCCUGACUAGCUGGGAUCAAAGGCACGUGCCACCAUGCCAGGCUAAUUUUCUUAUAAUACGUAGAGACAGAUAUGUUGGCCAGGCCUGUCUCGACCUCCUGGGCUCAGGUGAUUCUCGCACCUCAGCCUCACAAAGUGCUGGGAUUACAGGCAUCAGCCGCCACACCUGGGCCCAGUGUUUGUGGGUUUUGUUAAGGACAGAUCUUGAAUUCAGUUGUUCGUCAUACCAAGAACAGUUUUCUGUUUUUGUUUAAAAUGGUUUGCUUUCGUUUUGAAUUUUUCUGCCUACAUGUCUCAAAUUGUUCUUGUAUUAGCUGUAGUUUCAAAUACAUUAAACUAAUAUUCAACACAGUAAAUGAAUUCUUUUUGUAGGACUUGAUGAAAUACAUUUUGCAUUCCAGUUAGUGCCACAACUUUUGUGAGAAGCAUGUAAUGUGAUGCAAGGGUGGUUAAAGAUGAGGGUUUUAGUGAGGACCCACACACAUGGGUAACUCACAGGCAGUGGUUCCUAAACCUUUUUGCUUUUUGUUUUGGGUUUUUUGUUGUUGUUUUGUUUUUGAAGACAAGGUCUGGCUCUGUCGCCCAAGCUAGAGUGCAGUGGUGUGGACGGGACUCACCGCAGCCUUGACCUUCCCCGAAAGGUGAUCCUCUCACCUCAGCCUCCCAUGCAGCAGGGGCCGCAGGCAUGUACCACCACACCCAUCUAAUUGUUUGUGUUUGAGACACAGUCUCACUUUGUUGCUCAGGCUGGCCUGCAGGGGCACAAUCUGGGCUCACUGCAACCUCCACCUUGAGUUCAAGUGGUUCUCCUGCCUCAGCCUCCCGAGUAGCUGGGAUUACAGGCAUGUAACCCACACCUGGCUAAUGUUUGUGUAUUUUAGUAGAGAUGGGUUUCACCAUAUUGGCCAGGCUGGUUUCAAACUCCUGACAUCAAGUGAUCUGCCCACCUCCGCCUCCCGAAGUGCUGGGAUUAUAGGUGUGAGCCGCUGUACUCGGCCUAGUUUGUUAAUUUUUACUAGCAACAGGGUCUCACUUUGUUGCCCACACUGCUGGUCCCAAACUCCUGGGCUCAGGUGAUCCUUCCACUGUGGCCUCCCAAAGUGCUGGAUUACAGGCAUGAGCCACUGCUCAUAGCUAUUUUCUUUUUUUUGUUUUGAAACCAAAUCUCGCUGUCACCCAGGCUGGAGUGCAGUGGUGUGACCUUGGCUCACUGUACGCUCCACUCCUGAGUUCAAGCAGUUCUUGUGCUUCAGCCUCCCAAGUAGCUGGGACUAUAGGCACACACUACCACACCUGGCUAAUUUUUGUAUUUUUAAUAGAGAUAGGGUUUCACCAUGUAGACCAGGCUGGUCUCAAACUCCUGGCCUCAAGUGACGCCCCUGCCUCUCAAGUUAUUGAUAUUACAGGUGACAGCCACCAUGCCCGGCCCUGGCCAUUUUCUUAAACUUUAUUUUAAAGCCAGCUGUUUGGUCCAUGGAAUGCAUUUUCUAUUGAAGCUUCAAAAUAAUAUUUGUGCUUCUAAUAACUAGUACAAAAAUAUUUCCUGGGAAUGGGGCCCUAAGGUACAAUUGGAAGAAACGCAGUAUUUCUUCCUCCCCUAUAUAAGAUACUCAUAUGAGUGAAGUCUCUCUGGCAUUCUCUCAUUUUCCCAGGGGCCCUUCUCCACCGAUGCUUGAUGGAUACUUCAUGUUGUCCUCCGUGUACCAAUAUUUAGCCUAACCAGCUAAAUCCAUUCUUUCCUCCAAAUGUGCUGUGCUCCAGAAUGAGCAGUUGCCAUUUCCAUUUUUUUUUGAGAUGGAGUUUUACUCUUGUUGCCCAGGCUGGAGUGCAGGGGUGCCAUCUUGGCUCACUGCAACCUCUGCCUCCUGGGUUCAGGCGAUUCUCCUGCCUUAGCUUCCAGAGUAGCUGGGAUUACAGGCAUGUGCCACCAUGCCCAGCUAAUUUUGUAUUUUAAGUAGCGACAGGGUUUCUCCAUGUUGGUCAGGCUGGUCUUGAACUCCCAACUUCAGGUGAUCCGCCCACCUCGGCCUCCUAAAGUGUUGGCAUUACAGAUGUGAGCCUCCAUGCCUGGCCAGACUGAGCAAUUUUCUUAGCCAAAAUGUUGCCUCUCUCAGUGCAUCUCUAAGCUGAAAGUGAGAAGAAAAAGAAUCUGAUCUAAAGGUGUUGAUAGUGCUCCUCCUUCCCUAGCUCCAGAAGCUUUUAUUUUUAAGAGUCCUUGUUAAUAUAAAUAGAAUUACAAUUUGUAACAAAGAGUAAAAUUCAAAUUAUCCAGUAAUCUUGGGAGGUGAAAGAUUUUUUUUUCUUGAGACAGAAUUUCGCUCUUGUUGCCCGGGCUGGAGUGCAGUGGCACGAUCUCAGCUCACCGCAGCCUCUGCCUCCUGUGUUCAAAUGAUUCUCUUGCCUCAGCCUCCCAAGUAGCUAGAAUUAUAGGCACUUGCCACCGGCUACUUUUUGUAUUUUUUAGUAGAGAUGGGGUUUCGCCAUGUUGGCCAGGCUGGUCUUGAACUCCUGAUCUCAGUUAAUCCACCUGCCUCGGCCUCCUGAACUGCUGGGAUUGCAGGCGGGAUCCACCGCGCCCAGCCUGAAAGAAGAUAUUUUUUUAAGGAGGUUACUACCUAGACAUAAUUUGGUCUAUGAAUCUAUUAUGCUAAGCUAGUGGUUUCCAACUGUGGGCUUUGGACCCUUGGGAGGUCCCUGAGACUCUCUUAGGGAGUAUGCAAAAUCAAAACUAUUUACAUAAUAAUCCGAACAUGAUGUGUGCCCUUUUAACCCCCCCCCCCUUUUUUUGUAAGACGGAGUCUCGCUCUGUUGCCCAGGCUGAAGUGCCAUGGUCCAGUGUUGGCUGACUGCAACCUCCGCCUCCCAGGUUCAAGCGAUUCUCCUGCCUCAGCCUCCCAAGUAGCUGGGAUUACAGGCGCCCGCCAACACGCCCAGCUAAUUUUUGCAUUUUGAGUAGAGACAGUGUUUCACCAUGUUGGCCAGGCUGGUCUCGAACUCCUGACCUCAAGUGAUUUACCUGCCUCAGCCUCCCAAAGUGCUGGGAUUACCAGCUUGAGCCACCACUCCCAGCCUUAACCCAUUUUCUUAUGCUUCUUUUCUGGCAUUUCCAGAGGCUGCAUGACAUUGGAUGAUGCCAUCACUAAUACUCUUAAAGCAUUAAGAGAACAUGUGUUUGAAUAUCCUUGUGUUUGCCAGAAUUUUCUCAGCUAAUAGGUUGAGGAUGUGUGUAUUAACCCAGAUCGCUCUUAGUAUUUCUGCUGUGUUCUCAGUACUUCUGCUGUGUUCUCAGUACUUCUGCUGUGUUCUUAGUACUUCUACUGUGCUGCUGUUAGCUGUCUUCCAUUAUACCUGAUUUACUGUUGGAGCAUAUUUGUGAGAAGCCGGCCAUCUUCCACUGAAAUAGAUAAUAAAGAGAUUUGGGUGGGGCAUGGUGGCUCACACCUGUAAUCCCAGCACUUUGGGAGGCCUAAGCAGAAGGAUUGCUUGAGCCCAGGAGUUCAAGACCAGCUGGGAAACUUGGUGUGAAUCCCUCUCUACAAAAAGUUUAAAGUUUUUAAGAGCGUGAAGAGGUCCUUGGGCCGAAAUGUUUGAGAACCAGCACCUUUAGUGGCUUCUGCUUUUCGUGGCUUCCCACAGUCUCUGGAGUUCCUGCAGUUGUCGGGUACAGUAAUCUUUCUCAGUAGGUGGGGCACUAGUCUGCUCAGAGUCGCCUUGCUAUUUUAUCUGCCCCUCUUACCCCAGAUUUGCCAACCCCUACCGAAGAUUUUUCUCAGAAAAAAAUUGCAACGCAAAAAUAAGACUCUUACCAUAUUUUCAAGGUAAGAAUGUGUUGUCUGGUUAAGAUGGUAAAUCUCAUGUUACAUAUUAUUUUUAUUUGACCACAAUUUAAAAAUUUUUUUUAAUGUUAAAAGAAUGCAUGAUAGAAAACAAGAACUGGAAGAAUGUCAUUCAUUUUAUAAAUUCUGUUUGUAUAUUCUUGGUUCCAGUUUAUUUCCUAAAAAGCUUCAAAAGUAUCCCACUCACCCACACACCUGCCACCCUUGUUCUGUUGAGUUUAGAUUUUUGUCGAAGUUAUAUUUUGAAAACUUUGAAUUACCUGAGCUAGAAGUUGAAAAGUGUGAUAAAAGCUAUAGGUGAUUUAAAUUACUUGAAACUUGUUGCCUAUAGUUUAAUUUUGUUACUCCAUGGAAAUAAUGAACUCAGAAAAUAUCGCUUAAACUUGUUGACUAUUUUCUGUUUUUGUUUUUUUUCUAGUUAAGCAAAACUGGCUCUAAGGAUGAUGAGUAGCACUUGGAAUUUGAGACGAAGAAAGAGCAUUCUUUAAAAAGUAGACUGGGUUCAAAAUCUUCCAUUGCUAUUUUCUGGUAUUGAGGUGGCUUUUUAUAAACCACAAAUUUUUGUAUGUUUCUUACAUUAAAAAUGUUGUAAGUUGAAAGUUGAUGAAGAGAUCUGGUUAUAUUAAAUUAUUUUCACAAACUUGCCUUAAUAAAAGGUGAAAAUGUUACUGUUUAGUAUACUUUAUGAAGCCUCUUGAGCUUCGUAAAUGGACAGGCACGGGAAUAAGAAUCAGUGUUACUUUAUAUGCUCUUAUCCUGGCAGAUGUGGUAUUUUCUUAAAGGAGUAUGAAGGCUUUUCAAACCAUCACCCCAGUGGAGCACAGUACUCAAUGAAUAGUUACUCCAUAGUGCAGUCCAUAUGAAUAGUCUUCUUAUCUUACAGAAAGUCUUCAUUUCUCCUUUUGCUUGUUAACUGAACCAUAAAUUGCUUCAGAGAAAUUCAAAUGCUGGUAUUUGAACUUUAUUCAUGAUAUUCUUUGUAGUUUCUUUUAAAUUUUUGAAAGGUGAACUGCUUCCCUUGAAUAAAUUAAUAUCUAUUUAUACUUUUCAUUUGCGUCAAGAUGUUUGAUCACGAGUGCUUUGAAUGAUAUGUGUAACGGGAGAAUAUGGAAACAAACCUGCCAAAUACACUAGAAAGUAUUGUAAUGAGAAACGCUGGCUCUUACUUAAAACAUUCUCUUUUGCAUAUACCAGGAUGGGAGUAAAAGAUGCCUUAAUAUUUAAUUUUUGUGUUGUUGGAGACAUUGAUUUUAAUAAAAUCCUAUUUAUCUGCCGUUCUGUGCUUUUAGUCGUUGGAUAACUGAGGUCUCCUAAAUGGUUCAACAUGAACCCACAUUUCAAGUCUUUUUUCUUUUUCGAGUGUCUUUUCAAGUGUUCAAAUGUAUCUCGCAACCUGAGCAUCUUUUUAAUCAUAUACGUGGGAAUCUUUUAAAUGCUCAACUGUUAUACAUGCUUGAUUUUAAAAAAAUAAUAAUAGAGGAAACCACUGGUCUAGUUGUACCAAGAUAAGUUUCUGCUGUUUGUGUGUGUUAUACAGUGAUUUUGUGUACGUGCCCAGCUUUAAGAAUACAUAAAACUACUGUUAGGUGUGGUAGGGAGACUGUUAGUUUCUCAAGUCACACCUGUGCAGCUUGGGUCUGAGUUUUUAUGGAAUAAUACUCGCUUAAAGAAGUUCAGAGCAGUUUGAGUUGUAUCUGUGGUUUUUACUGGUUAACUGACUUCAGCUAAAUAGUUUGAAUUAUAGAGUAAGUGUAAUUACAGCAAAGGAAUUAAUCUCAUUUUCAAAAGCCAAAUCACAUUUUGUUUCUUGAAUUAAUGUAGAGCAAAACAUGUUAAAAAUUCAGGGCUACUGGAAUUGCGCCAAAUUUUGUUUCAGGGUCGAAUGUGGGUAGUAUCUGUUGUAUUGGUUUGUUUCUGUGUUUUUGAAGAAACAUCUGCUAGUGGAAUAAAAUACUUGGUUUUGCUCUGAGGAUUCUGAAAUUGUUCAGGCUUAUUAUGGCUCAUAGAUUACAGAGAAUGAUGCUAGUUACAUGCCAAUGAACUAUUUUUACUCUUUUUACAUGAAAUGUACAGAUUUCUAGGGGCGGUGGUGACGGUGGUGCCUCCUAUUUCCUUAUGUGAAACACUGGAACAGUCCCAUCAAUUUUGCCGUCAUCUGUUUAACACGCCCAGUAUAUUUUCUCAAUGUCUGUUUACGUAAAUUUUGUGGAGCGACACAAUUCAUAAGCAAUAAAGUCUGAAUUACACACUGA